AUGGACUACCACCAGUUAGAACCGGUGCUCGUCUCAUCUCCAGGCGCUGCGCGAGAUGCCAUUCUUCGGCUGCCAGCGACCACAAACCCUCCGGGCCCCCAGAACCCGCCGCAGCAGCUGGUCUGGCUGAUAUUCGGCGCAACAGGUCAUAUGGGUCGCUCUCUCGUGAAAUCCGCCCUCGUCCACAAUGACCUUGUUGCUGCCGUCGGCCGCACUUUCGAAAAUUCUGCUGCGAGUAUGGAGCGUCUUCAGAGUGAAAAUAAAAAUAGCCUCGGUCUUCUUUGCGAUGUCCGGGUCCGAGAAACAGUGCAAGCAGCGAUUGACAGAACAAUAAGCCAUUUCGGCCGGAUUGACAUUAUUGCCAAUUGCUCUGGAUAUGGUGUCAUCGGGGCGUGUGAAGACCAAGAAGAGUACGAUAUUAGGAAUCAGUUCGAGACGAAUUUUAUGGGAACGUUGAAUAUCGUACAGUGCUCGCUGCCGCAUUUCAGGCAGCGGACUGCUGGACGUUAUCUUAUAUUUAGUUCGACAUCCGGCGCAUUGGGUGUUCCUGGCCUUGGGCCAUACUGUGCGUCUAAGUAUGCUGUUGAGGGUCUUAUAGAGAGUAUGCUCUAUGAAAUCGACUGCUUUAAUAUCAAAGGAACUUUGGUGGAACCAGGCCAUAUUCGCCGCGACGAUUUCGAUAAUCUUCCUGGAAUUCCUGUUCCGGAGAACUAUUUAUCUUCUCCACUCCCUGCGUUUGGACACUUUUUGGUCAAGCCAGCCGGCCCUGCAUAUAAUGGCCAGAAUGCCCCAGCCGCUCAUGCAAAGAGGGUCAUACAAUGGCUGGGAGAUAAGCAGCCUACAAGUGCUGUGAAGGCAGCAGAGCUGGUAUGGCAGCUAGGCCAUUGCUCAUAUCCCCCACUAAGAUUGCUUCUUGGCAGUUACGCCGUGGAAAGCAUUAGGGAUCGGUUGAAGUGCAUCACUGAAGAAAUUGAGGAUUGGAAGCAUCUGAGCUUUCCACCUAGUGAGCUACAUCAAAUGGACCCAUCGCACAAUAGGGGCGAAAAUGCAGAUUCAAGCACUUCUGUUGCGGAAAGCCACACCCUUACCUCCGAUGUUGGGAUGGGGGGUUGA